AUGCAGAGAAGUCGGACACCUCAUAGCUUCCUGCCAAGUACCCCCCACCAAUGGCAACCUCGAAGAUGCAAAGAGGAAGGCAAUCGUUGCUCAGGUAACCAGUCCCUCCACGUUAAAAUGAUCAAGGUUAUCCAAAUUAACCUUAACCACUGCUGGACUGCACAGCAACUCAUAUCCCAAACAGUCAGGGACCGGAACAUUGACGUUCUGCUCAUCAGCGACUAUCACCGGGGCUUUGAGGGCGAUCCACGCUGGAUCGAUAGUGCUGACCUCAAGUGCGGGGUGCUCGUCACCAGCCGUCGCCUUCACUGCCCAUCACAGACAGAGGAGCCGGUCCUGGCUUCGCCUGGGCUAGGAUUGGCAGCACCUAUUACUUCAGCUGCUACUGGACGCCGAACUGCAUGCUGCUGA